GAUAUAAUAUCUGCAGAAAUGAGAUGCAUUCCCGUCAGUGUAUAAAUGCUUGACAGUUAGCAUCUCUAAAAACGGCACACGAGAGAACUUCGUCCUAUGUGGCGGGAUGAACCACGCACACGAAAUGCCUGUCUGUCGAAAGUGUACUGUGUGCCUACGUGAAACGGGAAUGCAGUGUCGCGUGUUGACCACUACCAUUGAAACUGUCAAUCAAAACGCGCUCUUCACCCUCCAUUCCAAAACUUCUUUCGCCGCACACUGCAGGAAUCGAGAAGUACCAUCAUCGCCAGCGCCAUGACAACUUCCCACUCACAUCAGAUAGGACUGUCGGAAGAAAUGAUCACCCAUCUUCUCAACGGAAACGGCAGCGACUUGUCCUUUGGAGACGAUGAUCUAUCUUGGGGCGCUCUCACAAACGAUGAACUCUUUGCCAACAAUUCUCCGCAUCCUUCAAAGUCGACGAUGACAGAAACUCCAGUGCCACGCAUGGUAUCUGUCGAUAGCAUGAGUCAAGUCCAGACACAUGGUUUUGAAGCAAAUAUUGCCAUGGUCUCUUCCACUACACCGUACGAUUCUCUUAAGGACCUCGUGCAGCGUAAGAAAUUGAUAUCGACUCUCCAGCGUUCGUCGCACUCCUCCAACAGUCUCGUUUCCGCGAACUUGCCUAUCGUGGGAAAUCAAAACGCUUCCUUUCACGACGGUCCCGUAUAUUGUUACAAUCCUCAAGGCACUUCACGCAUCGGUGCACCCAGCUUUUCGAAGAUUCUUCGUCAAUCCUCCGGCAUGACUGCAACAACGAUGGCAAUAUACAAACAAGGUAUUGCCAACGCUCCAAUCGAACCCAUUUCGAAGCGUCGUAAGCUCGACAGUUCUAUUAAAAAUCUUCCUCUACAUCAAGCAUGCGUCGAUGUCAAGCAGAACGGAAAGCUUAUUCAAACGGCAGUACGUAAACAGCCUUUGCUCGCUUCCGUUCCCGCCAAAGCGAUAACUAGCAAGUCCAUUUACGAUUUCCAAACGUCACGUUUGGAGCGCAAGUCGGUGACUUCGACAUACCGUUACCCUUUGAAUAUCGCUAUUCAGCACGAUGCCGACGUUACCACAAUUGAAGCCCUUUUGCGCGCCGCUCCUUUUGUUGUUACGACACCAGAUGGCGGAGUUGCCCGCGAGUGUUCAUUGCACGUUCUCCUGCGUCACAAAACACAUGAUCUUCAGUCGAUCGAUUUGUGUUUGUUGCAAACUCCCAACGCCGUGUCGUGUAUUGAUCGUCACGCCAAUACUCCGUUGCACACCGCCUGUGCCAAGCACGCCUCCAUUGAUGUGAUUCGGCAUUUGACCGUUAUGUAUCCCGAAGCGCUCGGUCUACGCAACUUUCACGGAUACACACCUCUCGAGAUUGCCCAACGUAGUCAACAUACCACGGAUGAGGUACUCGACUAUCUGUGGGAUUCCGUUUCGCAACAGUUGUGCUAACGACCUUUUGAAAGUGUGCAGGUUUCGUCUUUUCAGGUUGCCUGAGCCUUAUUGAACACUGACUUGUUUGACAUGUAUAGCGUAUGUUGCAUUUAAACUAAAGAAUGGGAAUUUACAUACCCG